AUGCGGCCCAUAGUUUCUUUCUGUGGGUCCCCAACCUACCAACUGUCUAAAUACUUAACUAACGUACUGAAACCGCUGACUGACGAAUCUAGACACAAACUACAGUCUACUGAGAACUUUAUUGACGCCAUUAAGACAGUACAGAUACCAGACGACCACAAACUAGUGUCCUUUGACGUUAGCCUGCGAGCAAGCUCUCCUAUUUGGGCGAGCGAAGCGAGCCCUCGCGCGAAGCCGCGAGGGGCCGGCCGCAGUCGCGUCUCCUCUCGCGUGCCUCUCGCCAAAUGGAGAGCUUGCUCGCACGCUAUUCGACGUGAAAUCGCUGUUCACCAGUAUUCCACUUCAACUGGCUCUAGACUGUACUGAGAACGCUAUUAGGAACUCUACUGUUGAACUACCACUACCUACAGACGACAUUAUGGACCUACUCAAGGUCUGUUUGACUUCGACGUACUUUCAGUACAACGGCAAACACUACAAACAGUUACACGGUACAGCUAUGGGCUCUCCAGUUUCUGUUGUUGUAGCAGAAAUUGUCAUGCAAAACAUCGAGGAACAAGCCCUAGCUACCUACACGCGAACUGUACCUCUUUGGUUACGUUACGUUGACGACACAUUCACCGCCGUACACAAAGACGGAAUCGACGAUUUUCACGAACACCUUAACAGACAGAACGCGGACAUACAGUUCACCAAGGAGAUCGAAGAAAAUGUUAAGAUACCUUUUCUAGACUGCUUGGUCACUCGCGAGAACAACAAACUAAAAACGACUAUUUACAGAAAACAGACACAUACCGACCGAUUACUAGACCAGUCUUCGUACAACCCGACCUCUCACAAGGCUACCACUAUCCGGACUCUGACGAGACGAGCGCAACUAGUUUGCGACUCACCUGACAGCCCACAAGACGAGACUGAUUAUCUUCACAACGUUUUUAGUAAGAACAAUUACAACACGGACUUUGUUAGACGGAACACUCACAGUAACACUGAUUCCAACUCUCAGACCAACUCUGGCCCUGUUACGACAGCGACUAUACCGUACAUCAGAGGCACCUCUGAAACUAUUGCACGUAUAUUACGACCUUACAAUAUACGUGUUGCGCACAAACCGAUCACCACUUUACGGCGACUGCUUACUAAUGUCAAGGACAAAGACAAACCGGAGGACAGACAGGGAGCAGUAUACAAGAUCAAAUGCUGCGACUGCUAG